UAAUACCAGAAUAGGCGACCAUGUUAUGAGGUGAAAAUAUUUGAGGAAUUGAUUGAAGUGAUUUUUCAUAGUUGUCAGUCUUUUUUAUCAUAAAGUGACUGAGUUGUUUUGAAAUCCUAAAUUAAAUCAGUUCUGUGAUUUAAAAAAAACAAAACAGCUUAAUUACAGCAAAUAUCAAUUUGUCUCACUCCGUAUCUUUCUCUCAGACACACCCACACAAAAUAAACCAAGGCAUCUGGCCAGAAACUAUCCAACACUGCGAUGUGAUUGUAAAUGCAGGAGGUGUAUUUUUGUUUUAUCAUUAUGAGUACAGGGUAUCCUUGAAGCCUGCUUUCCUAAUGUAGACACUAGGUGGCGAUCUCGACCUUUCAAACCACUCACUAACAGGGAAUUAAAAAAAACACACACACACACACACAUACACAUACACAUACACACAGGGGUUUUUUGGAUUAACAUCAACUAUUUGCUUGGAUUCGUAAAUUCUCGGGUACAUACGAAUACUUGGUCAUACAUAAACAUGAAGUGCAUUAUAUUUAAACAUAUGCUGUGUUUUUUAAAAUGUUAAUAAUAAAGAGCUAUAAUUUGUUGCGUGCGCCCCACAGUAAUUAUAGAGAGGAAGCUUGAGAAAGCCGGAGUCCAGCCAGCUGCAUGGGUUGAGCAAUGUAGUGCUGAGAAUCCAUCACAGAAACAAACCGCCCCCUCCCACUCCGAUGCCCCCGCUUCAGAUGCAACUCUAAAUACAUGAAGCCUCCAUGUUGCACAGGGAAUGUAGGGCCAGCUGAUGUGAACUGUUUGCCUGAAAGUGGACGCUAACUUUACCGUUGUACAACUUGCGUCUGAUUCAUGUUUUUCGGGACAAGAAGAACAACCCUCUGACCGACGGGGCUAACCUGGUGUUUGCACCGUUGUUCCAGACGCGGCCUCACGGAGCUUUACAGCUAACUCGCUAACCCAGGCUACCUGCUAACUUCAGCUAGUGAGCGACUCAGCGGCGGUUGUUUUUUAUUUUUGUUUUUUUGCUUUUUUUUGUCGUUGUUACCCACAAAAAAUACUUAUCUGCAGCGAUGGUAUUUUUUUGCGGAGAGCCGUAAAUGACAGCCGCUCAUUGGCUUCCAUUCACCACCGUGCUAGCUGGCUGGCUACCCCCGCUGCCACAGCGCCUCGCCUCGGACGGUUGCCGGGCUUUGUGGGCUAGCUGGUCAUCUUAAACAGCUAGCUAACUGUAGCUAGCAAGCGAAGCAAGCCGACAAAACAAAAGAGGAAUAACCACCCGUCUAAAUGGACCACAUGUCCAUAAUAACCCAAGUUUCCAACCCCAAGGAGGAGGAAAUAAUAUCCUAUAACCAGGAGAAAGCAUCCCAGUCCAACAGCAGCCUAAAGAAGCAGAGGAGCCGCAGCAUCUUCAGCUCAUUCUUCUGCUGCUUCCGCAACUACAAUGUGGAGCCGCCAGCCACCAAUACCAACACCAGCUCCCUGCCUCCACCUGUUGAGGAGAACGGAUCGCCUCCCAAGUGUGACCAGGUCGAGGUCAUCCCUGUCCCUAGUCCACCAGCCAAAUACCUCCUACCAGAGAUGAAAAUAUCUGACUAUGGCAAAAAGUGUGUUGUGAUUGACUUGGAUGAAACGCUCGUCCAUAGCUCAUUCAAGCCCAUCAGCAAUGCUGAUUUCAUAGUUCCAGUGGAGAUCGAUGGUACCGUUCAUCAGGUGUAUGUGCUGAAACGACCCCACGUGGAUGAGUUUCUUCAAAAGAUGGGAGAGCUAUUUGAAUGUGUGCUGUUUACAGCCAGUCUUGCCAAGUAUGCAGACCCUGUGGCAGACCUGCUGGACCAGUGGGGUGUGUUUCGAGCACGACUCUUCAGAGAAUCCUGCGUUUUUCACAGAGGGAACUAUGUUAAAGACCUCAGCCGGCUGGGACGAGAGCUCAGCAACGUCAUCAUUGUUGACAAUUCACCUGCCUCUUACAUUUUCCACCCAGAAAACGCUGUCCCAGUCCAGUCCUGGUUUGACGAUAUGAAUGACACAGAGCUCCUGGACCUGCUGCCUUUCUUUGAGGGACUCAGCAAAGAAGAAGAGGUUUACGGAGUCCUUCAGAAUCUAAGAAGCAGGUAGCAGGACACACCACAGCACCGCCUGUGCUCUCCAUCCUCCUCUCUGUCGAUCUCUGCCCCUCUCCACACCACGUCUCUCAGACUCAGGCAGAUCCUCCCACACGCGCCCCUCUUGUCUCUGCCCCAAGGGGACGCCUCGGAGUCUCACUGUGGAAACCUUCUGUUCCCCCGUCUCCGCUCUCAUCUCCUGGUGACUGGCUGCCUUCUGAGUGCCAUCAGAAAAAAAAAAAACAAACACUUAAUAUCCCAGGAGCACUGUGUUUCACAAAAACCACACCAGAAAGUGUACAGAGCAUCCUAAGUUGAUAGUAUUGGGGACAAAAUGCUAAGAGGAAUGAACUCUGGUCUUUAUUUUCAAACCAACAAAGUUUUACUAUUUGGUGAAGUGCUUAUUUUAAAACCAAAAAAAAAAAAAAAACAACUUUUCGUCUGAAACUUCUUUUGUGGUACCACACAAAAGUCUGAAAAGAUUUUGUCCUUGUAUUGUUGCUAUGCAGGCAGUUUCUGGUAGUAGAAAGGACUGUGAUUCUCUUUUCUUACUGAAUGAAGUGCCUUGUGUGAAUGUUGUUUAUAUGGGGAGAUAUUUUGUACAUGGCAUAUUUCCAGAGUACUUCAGUCUUUUCACACACAAUAUGCUUUAAAGUGGACACAGAAGUAUCUACAUAAAAGUUUUACUUUUGUUUAUUUUUUUGAUCAUCAAACGCUGGGUAAAUGUCUCCAUAUUAUUCUUUUUUUCCCAGUAUGCUUGUGCCAUUAUAUAGAUGUGACUUUGUUUCUUUCUGCUUUCAUUAUGCAUAGAACUAGUUAAUUUGUUUUAGGCAAAGGAGUACGUUUGCAAUUGUGAACCUUAAACCCCACCUACAAGUCAUUCUUUACAUUUGAUGGUUUUGAUCUGAAAGCUCAGAUAAAAUGUGCCAUUUAUUUUUCUGUCUCUCCCACUUUACUCCCCCUUUUCUCAUUUUAUUAUUUGCCAAAUAAGGACGAUAUUUUUUAACAGGCUUCAUAUCUUUAACAGGGGUUCAGCUACAACUGUUAAACCAUUAGUAGUGAGUAUAGCAUUAUAGGUUUUAUUAAUUUGACAAAUAGGUGUCAAAUUCAUGUGUAUGUUUUUAAUGUUUUGAGGUUCUUUGUCAUGUCAUGCUUAUCAUACGGCUAGCUUUAAGCCUACAUUUAAAGUUUUUUUUGUUUUGUUCUUGUUUUUUGGCACACAUAAGUGGUGCAGCUUCACCCACAGGGGAUGAUCUUUCUCCAGAAUUGUGCACAGUUGCAAAGGUAUCCCUUUUGUUGUUUCAAAUGGUCUGGGAUCUUACAGUGAGUGGGUCGAGUGCCAUGCUUCUUUUUUUUUUUUUUUCUUCAUGAGGUUAGUGUCUUUAGGGAAUAUAGAAUAGUGUCGGAUCGAGUCUGGACAGAGUUAAAAUCACACCAUGCUCCUCCUGAUUUACAUCCAGUGAUGGUCUGGCCUCGUCCAGCCCUGGUAUGAAACCAGUGGAGACGACGUGUGUGGUGUUUACCUUCCCAGACUCUUUUUAACUGCUCUUCACCUCAGUGCCUAUGUUUGAGAGGAGCCACGCAAACCGAAUGCUGCAACAUUUGCUACCAUGGCAAUAACCUUUUUGGGGGGAGAUCUCCAUCCUAAGUGUUUGGUUUGGGUGUCUAGAGCACUUCACAAGGAUAGCCAGUAUACCAGUAGUUUGGUCGACAGUAGGGCUGGCCCAGUUAUCACAGCGAUUGUCAGUGUUCGCGUAUGAACCUUCAAACUCACAUUUUUCAAAUUGUUUGAUACAAAAACUGGAUAAUUUAGUCCUUUAGUCAUUUUUUAGAAUAAAAUAUAAAUUAUUAGAAUGUCAAAUUUUUUUUUUUUUUUUUUUUUUCAAAAUAAAAUACUGAAACAACUUGAAUGUUGCUCGGUCAAUUUUCGCAACAGCAGCCAAACGACCUUGUAUAGUUACCUUGUAGUUUUCAGCUUGUGUUGUGGAAGAAAGUUAAAAAAAAGGACGCCUUCCAAACCUACAGAUGGGUGCUGAGUCCCGGCCCAUCCAAAUGUUAGGGGCCAGCUCUAAAUGAAACACUACUGGGACACUGCAAAACACUGAAGAACCUCAUCAUGGCAUUGAUGCCUUACUGCCUGCACAGGCACAAAGCAAUGUUUCUUCAUUAAUUCCAAGGUUACAACUACAGGUUUCAGCAUUGUCUCAUUAGUAUUUUCUUUACAGAGUGUAGAACCGGUUCGGCCGUAUAUGUAGACCGUAUAUGGUCAGGUGCGUUAACAUUGUGAAACAAUAAAAUAAAGCAAUGAAGCACGAAAAAUCUGCGGUGCCAUCUCGGGAUUGUACACUCAACAAACCUCAUUUGCUUUGUUGCUUGGUUUAUGGGUCAUGAUGUUAUAUUAAAAAGACCUUCACUACUUCAUAAUUUCCACCUUUUUUUUUCUAGUUGAAAGGCUACUGCUGCUGCUUCAGGCGUAUUAGAAUAUUUUCUUUCUUUUGCAUAAGCAUUUUGAAAACAUUUGUGUUGGUAGUGAGCGUUCUGCUCAUGAUGAUGGUUUCAGUGCAAUGUCCUUUUUAUAAGAAGUGUUUGACCGACUCUUCUCGACCUCUCAAUGAUUACCUUUCUCUGAAGAUGUUUGUAUCAUUGUGAUAUUUUUCUACCUACCUUUUGUCAGUAUUUGGUUUAAAAAGUUGCAUAUUACCCAUUGUAUCCAGCUUUUUUUUUUCUCCCUCUUCCUUUUAGAUCUGUAAUGUCCCCCUCUUGCCUUUGGUAAGAAUUCUCAGUCAGGUCUCGUCUUUCCUAUCAGGGGACAUGUAUGUGUGUGUGUGUGUGUGUGUGCGUGUGUGUGUGUGUGUGUGUGUGUGCGCGUGCACAGGCAUCUUGUUUGUGCUUCCUUACAGGUUUUCUUUGUGUAUCACCUCACUCAUAAUCACACAUUCAUCAUUUUGUAUUGAUUUUAACACCAAAGUUCUAAAACACUUGAGUUUAAGUCACUGUGCUUUUUCUUUGGUUAGUUUUAUUAUUUUGGGGGGGGGGUCAGGUUCUUCACUUUUUUUUUUUUUUUUUUAAACACUUGUCAGGUCUUGUUGGCUUACUUUGAGCGUUGGCAGUGUGUUGUCAUCCUGAGCAUCAGUUUUUUCUUUCUUUCCAUAAUAAAAGGCUUCAUUGAAA